UCCACCCAGCAGCGUCCCCUGCCGCCGCUCGCUGCCACACCUGCAUUAAACGGGGGAAGUCCGUCGAUGCGGUGAGCAGGCGAAGGAGAGACGCUGAGUCUGCGGACGGACAGCCAACGGAGGCAGCGAGACGGGCACUACAGCCGCCAGGAUCGGAACCUCCUGGUCCGAAAGGCUGAAGGUGCUCAGCGAGAGACAGCUGUGGGACUUUACGUAGCCCACGCAUGGCUGAAUAUAAAAAAAAGGACCUUCACGGCUCAGAAAGGAAGACAUCAGACUGACAAACCAAGUGCGCAGCACCAAAAAUCCAACAGGCAGCACAAACGAGAAACACAGAGUGGCCACUGAGAGGAGGCCUGGUGGUGAGACAGAGGAGCACAGGAGCAAGGUGCCUAAACCUGCAGCUUUAUGCCAGAUAAGUUUUCCUUUGUGAUCCCUGACAGAGAGGACAGUGACUCUGACUCGGACAUUGUCUCUGCACCGUUUCCGGACAGUGAGGCUCCCCGAGGUCCUCGCCUGUCCAUUGUAUCGGGAGAGAGAGAGAGAGAGAAAAAGAAAAAUCCAGCUUGUCUACAUAAAGACCUAUUCAGCAUCAUUCCUCUUGGCCGACAACAACAGAAUCCACCAAGAAAAGCAGUGUCCUUAGCCCUGAGCAAUUCCCUUCAUCCUUAGCCCCUUCUUCUCAAACCGCUUUACACCUAUUCCUCCCCCUCAGCCUCAAUCCACUUCCCAGCCUUAUCCCCCAUUUGAAGUCCCACAUGACAGCUCAGAAACAUCCGUUACCCUACCAGUCCACACGAGCCUGCUCUCCUCUCCCUCCAGCCCCUGUGGCGCUUGGCACCAGUGCCCAUCACAUAGACAGAUGGAGCCAACCCUGACCCCGCUCUUCGCCCGUGGGGAUGCCAAGAGAUUCAACGCCUGAGUAAAGGAGAGGGGCGGGGGUUGGAGUGAGAGUGAGCGUGACGAAAAGGAACAGGAAGAGCAGAAGGAGAGCAUCACACUGUCACCACGGCAACACGUCACACAAACUCCUGUGGACUCCCCAUCAGCUGUAGUCGAUGCUCUCGGAUAAAAUCGCGCGCAGCGGGAAGUUCGGCUCAUGUUUUCCCUUUGGCAUGUUUUUACUUUGGGCGUUUGACAGAAAAAUCUUGCUCUAGCUUUUUUUUUUUUUUGUCUGGGCAAGGUGUCAUCAAAAUACUUGAUGAGGAAACCAAAGAUACAGGAGGAAAACCAUUUUUCUAUGACAUACAGACUCUGAACACUAAUUUUAGAUAGAAGUGAGCACCAAAUGGAAACGGACUGAGAGAACUGAGUCAAUAAUUUGUUUCACCUGAGGAAACCAGAAGAUAGAAAUCUUGUGGGACUUCACACGCUGUGGGUGUGCUUUUCCCUCCUGUUACCUGCGACAUUCAUGUAUGUAAUACAAUAAUUACAUGAGUAUUAACUUUGCACAGGAGCGUUAUCAGAUUCAUUUUCCCGAUGCCAAACUUUGCCUGUUUGGAUCCUGUUUUUUUUACAUUUUUCUGCAGAUGAUCAGGACUCAGAUGAGCAUACAAUACCAGGCAACCAAUUUUAAGAGAGCCACGUUCCACAAUAAAUGAAGUACUAAUAGCCAGUGAAAUGAAUCCAGCUGGCCAACAUAACAGAGAGGGGAAUACCGGCAUCCCAAAGCUUCCCAGGUGACUGCUGCCGCCGUGGAGGGACAAACUAAAAAUUCUGCUGCUGCUGCCCGGAUUCUUUGCUUUGAAUAUUGAUGCAGUAAAGGACAAUUUGUAUCCACUGGCUGUGGGCUAUAAAGAUUUUCAUUCACACAGAGGCAGCCGACCUAAGAUGACUUUUCUGGGACCUUUUUGUACACACCGGUGCUGAUAAGAUCCAAAUACACUGGGCUUAGAGGAGGCUUACAAAUCCUGUAGCGUUUUAGAUUUCCACAGUUAGAAUUAUGAAUAUUUUAUUUAAAUCAUCUGGAAUCUUCUUUUGUUUUUGUCAUCAAGAAAUCUGACAAAAGACCAAGGUCAUUGGUGGAUUCUUCUGUCGUCCAUAUUCAGCAGGUUGGGAGUGGCAGCAGGAUGCCAGAGUUGGACAACUUCCCCCCUCUGAAUGAAGACAGAAGCCCAGAUCUGGGCCUUAACGGUCCGGCGGACCCGGCCCAAAUUCAGCACAGCAUCCUUGAGGAGCAGGUGGAGCUGUGGUGGUUCAGAGACCCUGGGCGGUCUUUCCUUUGCUACUGUGUCUCGGUGCUCCUAAUCCUGGGCUGCGGACUCGGAGGCGUCGGCCUUCUCUCCACCACCACCAGCGUAUCGAGCGAAUGGCGGCUCGGCGCAGGCACGGCCCUGUGCCUGUUGGCCCUGGGCGUCCUGCUCAAGCAGCUGCUCAGCUCGGCCGUGCAGGACAUGAACUGCGUCCGGAGUCGACACCAGAUAGACAUGCUGAAGAGCGGCGGCUUGUCCGACGUCUUGGUGGUUCUGAUCACGGGGAUGUCGCUGCUGAUUUGUGGAGGGGUUCUCCUGCAUUUAGCGCUGGUUCACCAUAUGCCGAAGCCGGGCCAAGCCCUCAAUGACAUGUACAUCUCUGGAGUGGUUUUGCUGGCGGGUGGAGGAGUCGCCGUCGUGGGCGUUGGGAUAUACACGGUGGUGGCUGUCCUGCUGGGGAGGACGAGACACGGACGGAGACUUGUAGACCGAGUUCUGAAUGUGUUUACCGUGUCAGGACACAUGGACCGCCACGCUCGCAGGGAGACCGCCUCCAGCUUGGCCAACCUCAUAUGAGGUCCGACUGCAGUGAAGCCGUGUUGGUUGGAUGGUUCCUGUUUCAAGUUUACUGGAGAAAAAUUUAACCUGAUCAAAAGAUUUGAAAAGAAAACAA